AUGAAAUUGCUGCUCCUUAUCCUCUUCUGUCUGACUUCUCUGACCAGCAGCAUCAACGCAGAAUGUGGCCUCCGACCAUCUUACGAGUCCUUUGUGGAUACUGGCAAGAGGAUCGCAGCGGGGAGAUUUGCCACGGUGGGGGAGUUCCCAUGGCAUGUCAGCAUCCAGAGCAAUGGGAGACACAUCUGCGGAGGCACCAUGAUCAGCGCGUUGUGGAUUUUAACUGCGGCUCACUGCUUUGGAGAAGAGGUGCCAUCAGAUCUCACGGUUGUAGUGGGAGGAAUUGACCUCAACCUCCCGCUGGAAGAACACAAGCCGCACAGCUUGAUCCUCCACGAAAGCUUUGACAGCAUGAGCAUGGAAAAUGAUAUCGCUCUGAUCCUGCUCAGCUCUCCCAUCAAGUUCAGCAGUAGGAAAAUCCCCAUCUGCUUGCCCUUCGUAGAUGACAUCAAUGCGUGGCAACACUGCUGGGUUGCUGGGUGGGGACCCGGAAGAGCAGCAUCCCACGUGCUGCAGAAAGUGCGGAUGACGCUCAUCAGCAGGGAGCAGUGCUUGGAACGGAUCCCGCAGCUGGUGGACAAUGUGGUGUGUGCUGAGCUGGAGAGAGGAGGAAGAGGCACCUGCCAGGUGGACAGCGGGGGACCCCUGGUUUGCAGCCACUGGAACACCAUGAAGUGGUUUCAAGUCGGCAUCGUCAGCUGGGGAGAAGAUUGUGUGGAAAAGCCAAACCAUGAGAUCUUAAUGUCUGUUUACAGCUACCGUGACUGGAUCAAGACUAAGACAGCCAUAAGUGGAAAACCUUUCUUCAUGGAAGGCUUAGAUAAUGGUGCAGAUAUCGAGGUGAUUCCUUCCAGGGCUGAGACACAGCUGGUGUUUCUUGAGUAUUCUCUCCUUUUAUUCAUCUCUUUAAUAGCAUUUAUAUUAGUCUAG